UUUUUUUUUUUUGAUGUAGACGCGAAAUGGAACGCGAGCUGAUUGUGCUCGCAUUGGGAUACGGGCCGUCCGAAUCGGAUGGUCCAGACUUGCUCAAAAACAUCACAGGUCAGCUUAUGGUUCAUCUGUCUCGAGCCGAACGAGAAAUCGUGAACGUGGCCGUCGAGCUCUGUCAAAAAUAUGCGUCCAUCUUGGCCUGGGCGAGAAGAGAAAAACUGGACCACCCCUCUGCCACCUAUCGCGCGCUGUCAGACUCUGUCGAACAGACUCUGCUCCAACAAAUUGCUUUGGCUGAAAAUUUGGACGACAAACAUGUCAAUAAUAUUUAUUCAACUUUAUGGGAACUCGACUCUUUCGUAGAUCUCGUCAAUCAGUUUCUCGUAGACCAAAAUGAUGUGCCAGGCCUGAUCACUCACAUUCAAUACACCACUUUUUUCGAUCGCACUGGAUUUGACACUUUUUCAAGACAUUUCAUUGCGUGCGCGUCAUUGUUCGAAAAAUGGCUCGAUUUACAAAAGCGGCUCGUGGUUGGCUGGAUUUGCUAUGCUCACCUUCCUACUUAUCCAGACGACUUUUGGAUCAGAAGACAUAAGAGCGGCGGUGACACGACGGCCCUCUCUGACUUGAUAUGGAAUGAGUAUUGCGUUUCGGAGGAUCAAUUGCCCUCCACGCUCAUUUCGCUCAGUAUUGCGUCCAAAUUGCUAUUCGUAGGCGUAUCUGUUAUGAUAUUGUCCAUGGCUGGCGUAGCUAUCGAAGGAAAAAUUACGGAGCUUCAAAAUUCAGUUUGCGAAAUGUUCGGCUCAACGAAUCGCGACCACUCUCCUCUUGUCGAGUCCUUCGACUUAUCCGUGCGAAACGCUUUAGAAGUGACGGUGAACGCUAUGCACGAAUGGGCCGAGAAUGCGCUGUACGACCUCAUCACGAAAAAAAAUCGCAUUGAGACGUAUUUCGACAUCGUUUAUCAGUAUUUUUUGCUUCAAGAUGGAUUUUUUUAUGGAACCUUUUUUUCUCAAAACCCGUCCAAUUUCCGACACGAUGUCGACGCCGCGUUUCAGAUGGCAAUUGCCUCUAACCGAGAGAACGAAGGCCCGGAAAAGGCGAAGCUGUUGAAACUUCUCCGACUGAAAUGCGAAUGUUCGCUAGAAGGUGAUUCGAAAUCUCCGAGGUCCAAACUUGACAACCCGCAUUGCCGGAUGGACCGUUUGUAUCUGGAAUACGACGUCCCCUGGCCCGUCAACUUGCUGAUUUCCUCGUCCGUUUUGAACAGGUACAAUUUGAUUUUCAAUUUUGCAUUUACACUGAGAAGGAUUCAAACGACGCUUCAGCGACAGUGGAAGAAGAUCAAAAUGCUCGAAAGGGCGCGUCAUCAGAUCAAUUUGUGGAUUCGUAAAUUCAGCUGCUUGCGGCAUCAGAUGGACUUUGUUGUUGGCACGCUCGCCCAAUACGUCCACAUAGACGUAUUUUCGACGGGAAUCACCGCGCUGAACCAAGAGAUCAACAGGAGUUCUAACUACGACGACUUGGUUAAAGCGCAAGAAUCGUUUAUAUCUCAGACGAUUUUCCAAUGCUUUUUGGACGUACCGGCAUUACUGAAGGUGUUUGGCAUGACCUUUGAUACAAUUGAGGCCUACUGCAACUUUCUCGAGUCUCUGGCGGCAAAGGAUCUCAAUGAGGCUGCAAAAGUGCUCCUCAUGAGCGAAGACCAAGAGAUCGAAUUUACGAGAAUCACCAAAAGUUGGCGUCGCGAAGCGUCGUUAUUGCUUCGGUUCUUUUCCAAAAUGAAGAUCCAGGCGCCUCACUUCAGCAGGCUGACGUCGAUGUUCGAGUACAACCUGUUCUUUGAGUCCGAGGCGCCCUUCGGACAGGGAGAGUAGAGAGCACGCGAUUUCUGCGGCUCGUUGGGAGAGGCAAAAAAAAAAAAAACCCCAAA